UGCCAGGUCUCUGUUGGUGGUGUUUUCCAAAAUAUGACUUUUAGUAGUCGAACAAAUGUGGUGGUUAUCGAGCAAAGGAGCGACCAAUUGUCAUGGAAAACCAUCUGGAACUACAAUACAGGCAUCAUUGCAACCAAACUGAUGCAAGAGAGAACUUGCUACAUUUCUUCCAUAAGCAAAAAUGAGAUGCCCAGCUUAAAAAAUCUGACCUACCUGGCUUCACAGAAAGGGAAUCAGAUCGGUCUUGGAAGACCUGCCAGGAAGAUCACCUUUGUCGCCAAUGGAUUGGUCAACAACCUCAGCUCUUAUGGAGCCGAUGUCUUCUCYAUGUGCAGCGGACUCACCACCUACAUGGCUUACGAAGUUCACGGAUUCUUCCGGAAUGCCACAGCCCACGUGAGUGGGCCCAUGAACUGGCACCAGCCUGAGUUUGUAGUGCCCAGGCACAGGGACUCACGGGAGCGUGUGCAAUAG